CAAGGCUCUCUACUCUCCUCACCUCUGCUCUUUCAAACUUUCAUGAGCUCCUCUUUUGUUGUUUAUGUUUGCCUGUCUCCUCAUCUUAGCCCUGAAUCUUCUGCAUGAAAUAGAACGAAGAAGAAGAAGAAGAGGAUUUCCUUCUGUCUCGCCUCUCACCUUUACACUAAUCUUUUUCAGCGCUGUUUUGGGCCUGCAAGAUUAUAUUCUCCAUCCAUCCCAUUAUCUUUUAAACCCCGUCUUUUCCCCCUUUUUUCAUUUCUUUCUGUCCCUCGCUGUGGAACUUAAUCUCCAACCUGCCACCCCUGGAGUCCUCGCAGAUGUCCGCAGCCUGGCGCUGAAGCGGGCGCUUGCCAGCAGCCCAGAUGCAUUUGCAACUCUUUGCCAUUGUGAUUAUCUUCCUGUGUGAGGUGAUCAAAAUGGGCUCUGGCACCGUGCAGAAGCAAAGUGCUCACAGAGAAACAUCACAAGACUGUCGAAGCUGUCUGGAGUGUUCCCGUGACAACGGCUGUGUGCGUUGCCCCGAGCGACUCUUCCUGUUCCUGCAGAGGGAUGGGAUGUCUCACCAUGGGACCUGUCUCCACGCCUGCCCCCCUGGACACUUUGGACAGAGAGGGAAGGACAUCAACCGCUGCAUGAAGUGUCGCUCUUUGGACUGUGAGCACUGUUUUGACCGGGAAUUCUGUACCAAGUGUAAACCAGGCUUCAAGAUGUUCAGCGGCAAAUGUGUGACACACUGCCCGGCAGGAACCUACGCCCACCAGACAGACUGCCUUGAGGACUGUCUCUUAACUCCAUUGGGCGAAUGGAGCGAAUGGAGCGUCUGUCUCCGUGACGGCGUCACCUGCAGCUUCAGGUGGGGCAAGCAGACCAGGACCCGGAUUGGCCAGCAUUCCGGGAGAACGCCCGAAGAGAAAGCAGCAUCACUUUGUCCGUCGCACAGCGAGACACAGAAGUGCAGGAUGAAGAAAAAGUGUCCUACAGAAAGAAGACAGAAUAGAAAAGGAGGACUAGGGAGGAAGAGGGAGAGGACACGACAGCAGCUGCUCGCCAACGACACCGCUGGAAACCCAACAAACGCAACGACAGAGAGCGCCAUCGAGCACGAUGAGACCUGAGGAAGAGAAGCACACCUCCACACCAGACACACGUGGCAACAUCUGUCAGCAGCAGUUUUGUAAUCUGAGAGCAAUCCAUGGUUUAUAAUUAUCACAAAAAGCCUGUACAAUUUUUAUUAAAAAGCACUGCCAUUCAACUGAAUCUGUGUCCUGGAAGAAGUGAUGACCACAUUUCCCCCCCUAGAAAAUAUGUGUGGUUGCUAACCAAUUUGGAUUCAGCUGAUGACACACUAUUAAUGUAAUGUACAGUAACUAACUUAUAUAUUUAACAAUUAGAGGUACUUGUAAAAUGUUUUGCUUUUUUAAUACUUCGAGAAAACAUUUGUUUUUUUUUACUUUACAGCAUGAGUUACUAGGUAUUUGGCAGAUUCACAUUAUGAAUACAGAACAUAUAAAUAAAGAAAAGCAUAAUGUGUUCUCAUACUCUGAAAGUCGGAGUUGACUCGGUGAACAGCGGCUGAUUUACCUCACAUAUCUGAAAUGUGUUAAGAAAGACUAAACACAAUACAGAUUGAAUGACAAUUACCUUAGUACAGUAACUUGGUUUAACCAAAUAACAAACUUAAAUCACUACUCUUCCAAAUGAGGCAGUGUGAAAUCAUACAACUCUCAUACAUCCAGAUGUAAACCUGCAAACCAAGGAAUUAUGGGAUAAAGGAUUACAUGUUAAAGUGAUUUAGGUCUGUUUCCUAGGAAAGUGAAUUAUAUGCAAGCAUCAAGCCUUUAAAGUCUGCCCACAGACGGGAGCAAAGGGAAAAGCAAAUGGUUUAAGUCAUUGAAGCAUCAACAUGGGUGUCAUGCACUUAAUGGUAAGGUUCCUUUGUAGUUUAUCAUACGUUACAGGACAUUUACGUAAUACAACUUGGGAGUAUUCUCGUUGAUCUUCUCUUAGUGUCAUGUGAUGUUAGCUGCUCUCAUGUGUGGUUCACGCUACAAUAAAAAGUAGUUCCCUUCCUGCUGUGACAGUACAGUGAUGCUCACACAUGAAUGCAUCGAUUCCACAUGAGUGCUUUUACUUUACAUUGUUUAGGUACAUUAUUCAAGUAAAAUAUUGAAUGCAGAACUUUACCUGAGUAUUUCUGUACUGGCAGAUUGUUAUAAAGCUGCACAUGGGGUUUAUAAAAUAUCCUUAUCCUGUACUUUCCUUCAUCAUUAGACAUACUUUAACAGUGUUUCUCUACCUGUGCAAUCCUUGGAAGUCAUUCCCAGCAUGCAAUGUGAAGAAAGCAGAGCAACGCACUGAACGAGCUGCAGACCAUUUCAGGGUCAUCGAGGUCAAUGAACCUGAAAUUCAAAACAGAAUAAUGAAAAUUCAGAAUUCAGUAAAAGGGAUUAAGGAAGCACUCACCAAAGACAAGGGAAAGUUGAAAGUCAUCUUUUAUUGCACAAUAAAAGAUCACAGUUACCAUGUUUUGACUCAUGAGAUUGGUCCACAUGGGAAUACAGAGAGCUAUAGUUACAAAUAAGAAAAAUAAAAGAAAAAAAGGAGAUAAAAACCCCACCGUACAACUUACUCAGUAAUGGUCUGACUCCACGAGCAGCCAGUAUUUGUCUUUUCUUCCACUUUGAGAACAACAUCCGUGUGGAUUGCAUUGCACUUGGUUCCGUAAUGUGAGUACAGGAGCUGUGAACAGUCUGAUGUUUUUUUUAACUUGUACUUUAUUUGUUAAAUGGAACUGGGUGGCUUCACAGAAAGGGUCGGGAUGUGGAGGUGAAGACUCAUUCAUUUGAUCAACUGUCUGAACCUGCAGCUAUUUAUUCCUCCUAUAGCUAUUUAAGUGUAUUGUGUUCGUUUCUUUUGAGCAUGCCUCACAAAAAAUAAAAUCUGUUCUAAAAUCUAA